AUGAAGGAGAUGUAUUUGAAAGCGUUGGGAUUGCACGAUUACACCCUUAAAAAUCUAAUGUACGAAAAUAACUUCUGCAAGUUUUACGAUGCUGUCGAUGAAAAUGACACUUCGUAUGUUUUGAAGUUUAUUCCCUCGAAUACGCAAUCAGAUGAGGAUCCUUUUCCAUUCAUAGACUGCUUUCAGGUUGAGGAGGGCAUUUUUUUUGUAUAUGCUUCAAACAACUUUGCAAAAGAAGGCCCAGAUUACUUUACGUAUGGUAGUAGUAGUAGUAGUAGUAGUAGUAGUAGUAGUGAGGAGAAUAUCAGUAUUCCAAGUACACAGAGUAAAUUGCAAUUUAUCGAAAUAAGGCAUCCAAAACACCAAAAACUAGACGUAAAAGAACAGAGAAAGAAAGACGCAACUACUGACCAUUUUGGUAAAAAGACGCCAAACCCGGACGCUCGAAGCAUUAAAGAACAGAAGAGAGAGGUACACACUAAAAAAGUGAAAAUCGAAAGUAAUAAGACUGAUUCGGCAAAGAUACGAAGUGAAUUCAUUUGUCCUAUUAAAACAAACUAUGCGGUAGGAUUGCCAUCUAUACUGUCAAAAGAAAAUAUCACGUAUCCGAGUAAGGUACAUGAAAAACAUAUUAGUAUCGUGAAUCCUUCCCUACAAAUAUAUCACUCCUCCCAUAAACAGAUCGUCAAAACGCCUGUCCCUAAGAGUGGCCGUUCUCCGGUAGAAAAGUUUUCUUUUAACGAUUUCAAAUGCUAUUCUCCAAGACCUCUAAAGCAUAAAAGUUCUGAGUGUGAUGUUAAGAAUAAUAUUGAGCUGAGAUUACUGCAAAGUUCAAUGUUGCAGAGGAGACAGUUAGCACACUCGAAAUAG